CACUGAUGCAGGUGUUUGCUGAAUGUGCAUAAAGUGCAGUGAAUGAUUCAUCAACACAUUUGUGUAGAGCUCUGCAUGAAAAAGUUAAAUGUGUGAGCCGUGUGUUUGAGUAGGGGGAAGCAGUUACAGUGUGUUCACAUUAGGGGAGAAGUGUAAAGUCAGAGGCUCACUGCCCACUGGUGUCCUGUGCACAGUAGCACACAACAGCACACAACAGCAUAUGGGGAGUGUCCGACAUGCGAGCUGCCUCCUCCAGGCUGUAGCCGAGGAGAGCUCCAGGAAUCAGGAUACAGGCAGUCAGCUGGAAACACCCACGGGACAGAUCAGCUCGGAGGUCCUCACCGGAGCUUCAAACCUCACCUGUACCUGUGGACAUGGAUUAACAGGGGCGGAGACAGUCCGUUUCAAGCCCAGGCCCCUCCCCUUUGUGGUGGCCAGGCAGCAUCAUGGCGGCCCGGCUGCUGACCCGUCUGAAGCGCUCGCUGUUUAGAGAUGGUCAGGGGGCGGGUCUCGAGCAGGAAGCAGGAGGUGGACAGGAGGAGAAGGUGUUUAAUGAGGAUCGCUGGGAGGCGGAGCUGGCAGAGGAGGAGGAGUGUGUGACGGAGCGUCUCGGAGGGACACUGUGCUUUGACAGCGGAGGAGGAGCCGAGGACGGAGCCGAGGGCGGUGAGUCGGGGCUGGACAGUGACUCUGACUUCCUGGGGGAGUCGAUGGAGGAGGGGCUCAGCAGCACAGACACCAGUCCUGCAGGCAUGUCUCCUGUCGGACCCUCUCCCUCCUCCCUGCUGACCCAGCAGCUUCAGGAGAGCUGGAGGAACCUCCGUAGACCCGGAGCAGGAAGUCCCGUCCCGUCUGGGAGACGACUCACGGACAGCUUGUCGUUUGAGGUGACCGACGCCAGCGUGGUGUCGGACGGCUCCUCAAAAUAUGUGCUCUACACCAUCCAUGUGAUCCAGUCCGGCGGCAGCGACAAGUCUCCGGCCAUCAUCACCCGCAGAUACUCUGACUUCCAGCGGCUCCAUGCCACACUGCGCCGUAACCAUGGAGACCAGAUGGAGCGCGUCUGCUUCCCACGAAAGAAGCUGCGUCGGAACUUUGUGGCGGAGACGAUCGCCAAGAGGAGCCGGGCGUUUGAGCAGUACCUGUGUCACCUGUGUUCAGUGGCCACCCUGCGGGGGGCGCUGUGUGUCCGCCACUUCUUCUACCUGGGCGACCUGCAGACAGGACAGCUGCUCAUCAGGGUGGGACGUUACCAGGAAGCCUUGGGUCCGCUACUCAACGCCAAGAGACUGCAACAGAAACUGGGCUGGGCAAGUUACUAUGACAGCCAGGCUCAGGCCACGCCCCCAGCCUCCUCCCAUUGGUUCUUCACUUUGGUGGGGCUGUCGUGCUGUUUCCAAAAGGUGGACCAGCUGGAGGAGGCCCGGUAUCACUGUGACCACGCUCUCCGUGUCCUGACCCCCACUGAGACUCGAACUGACAUGGAGGACAGACCUUGCCCAGUUGAGGAUAAGCCACACCCAUCAAAUCAAAAGCCACUCCCACAAACUGACAUACCACCUCUGCAUAUUGAAAGGCCACACCCCCUCCUUUUACCAUUGUUACAGGCAAUGGUUCGGUUGUCCUGGCAGACAGGAAGAGACAAACGACAGUGGGAGGAGCUUCUGCAACACCUAGAGGAGAAGGGGGCGGGGCUAGAUAAUCAGCCAACCAUUAAAGAGUUUUUGGUCAAGUACAACCUUCAUGAGAACGAGGGGGAGGGCUAGAACCAAUCACUACGCUAAUGUGAAUGUUCUGUCUUUGUGUUUAAGAAGAAAGUUGUGAUGUUGUGAGAAAAAUCAACAUUUCAGGAGCAGAACUCUAAUUUUUUUAAAAAUGAGUGAGUGAAAACUUUAUGAGAAAAUGUAACUGAGAAAAACAGCAUUAUGAGAAAAACAUAGUGUGAGCAAAGUCAAAAUGUAAACAAAUGUGUUUUAAAGAAUAAUUGUAGGAAUAAAAGUGUAACAGUGAAAGUGAUGAUAGAAUAUUUAACAUUUCUAAAUAUUUAGGUUUUAUUCUCAGAUAGGAUUGAUCUUCCCUGACAGUGACAGUAGCCACUGUAUUCCGCUAGUCUGUGCAUCUUUCAUGGGUUCAGUCACCUUGUAACUGUGAAACCAGUUCAACCAGUGGUCACUGUGACGCUUCAAAUCCCAGGGUUUCUGUUUUUAGAGUUGCAGCUUGGACUUUGUGAUAAUCAUGAAAAUGUAAUCCUGAAGCUGGACUCCCAGAUCAUGGUACUUUUAUGGAUCACCCUGCAUCACAAAAUAAAUUAAAGAGUGAUCCUGAAGGAUGAACCAGUUCUGACCAAGGGUAGGACGGUCUCUCUUUGCUGUGAACUUUCAAAGACGUUUCUGAACAUGUUCACGAUUGUUCACUGGCGGUCGCACUUUGUGAUUAAGAUUUCCUUUUGGAUUUGGUGAACAAAGUGGUUUUAUUACGCUUUUUAAACCGUGAACCGUUUUCAGCUGCACUGUGUACAUUAAAGGAUCAGGCUGAUGGUUUUUUGUUCUUAUUUUCCACAAAUCUCUCUUUUCCACAAACAGCUCCAACACGUUCUGUGCAGCGUGAGAAGCUACAGGAGAAGUGUACAGAGACCAACGGCCCUGUCCACAGCGACGCCACGGCUACAGCACAGAGCGAUAAGCUGGACCAGGGUCUGGAUCUUUUUGUGUUGAUGCUUCACAUUCAUGUCCAGCUGUGAUGUGAAGGCAGCUUCGGUCUUUGUAUGGGACUUGUAGAAAAUAACCUAAACAGAAAAUCAUCAGCCUUAUUUCCCAAGUAAAGGCUUUGUGUGUAGUGUGUAAUGUCCAGCCACAACAUGGGUGUUCAGUCAUGUGUGGCGAAUGAGCACCUCUCCUCCUACACAUCAGCUGACCCAUCAUGUCGCUGCACAGACUGAUGAAGCACAGUCAUCAGGUUCAUGCUUUCAAGGUAAAAUCUGCUGCUUUCCCAGCGAUCGGUAUGUGUUUUACGUGGAUCUGGUUGCUAUGGAGACCUGUGCUUUUAGCGCCUCCGCCGACCCGGGGUGGAUGACGGGAUAAGGGACAAAAAUAGAUGCGAGGAUUUACAUCAGCAUUACCUCAUGAAAUAUUGAACAUGUGAUAUUUGAAUUUUUGGAGGAAACGAUCAGAUGCGAACCAGACGGGCUCAAGAUUUUAUUCUUGGUGUAAAAACACGGUUAAUAAAGGAAAGUUAUUAGCACAUGAAUGUCUUAAACCGGUGGCUUUGAAAAUGAUAGACUGUGCAUUAAUCCUGUGUUAUGUCGCACUGUACCAGCUGCUGACUUUACACUUAGUGGCACGUAAGAUGUGAGAAGCUAGUUUUUCAGCUCUGAUGUCCUGGAGGUGAACCCAGCUAAGUAAAACACUCUACAAGGACGAUAUAAUGCACAGGUAGUAGACACAGGUUACAUUCGGCCUCACUAUGAUGCCUUUAUCAGAGCCGCUCUGUCAUUUCCUGCUUCUUUGUCAUUCACGCUCAACACACUAUGAAACGUGUUGGUUUGACACAGAGGUCACCGGGGAGACACACGAGUCCUGGGGAAACUCACCAGGUGUAGCCCUCCAUAUGCUAAUGGAUCUCAGGUGCCGGGGCAGUGGCGCUUCUCAGGUGUGACAGGUCAGGUGGGCUGAGCAGCAUCUCUGCUUCGAUUCCAGCUGGUACCUUAUUGCAUUUCACGUUUCUCCUCCCACAAAAGCAGUCAUUCACUGAGCUGUGAGAAUAUUUAAGCUGUUAAAUAAAUGAAAUCAUCAUUCAUUUAAUUGUCCUGCAGGUUUUGUAGAUGGACAUGUGACCGUGUGAAACCCUGACUGGUCACUUCACAGGUUUCAUACCGUGUUUUGACAAUGCAGUUUGGGAUCCGUUUGAAAGAAGGAGUUUAUUUCAAAAUGAAACAUGAGUUUCUUAAGUAACUCCACUGUCACCACAUUCACCUGUUCGGGUGAAAGAUGUGAUGUCACAGAAUAUUUAACUUUUUAGUAAGGAGGUGGUUUUAUUUGGUGUUUCUGUGUUUGGCUGCGUUUCCACUGAAAACAGAGUUUAAGCUCCAGUUUAACCAGCUCCGACCAGGAUCCUGUUGUUCAGAUGUGGUUUCAAUAAUCCUGACAUUUCUGAUCCAGCUGGGUUGGUUCUCUGAAGCAGAUUAAGAUGGGAUUUAUUCAUCCGGGAUGAAGUUGUGCUUGUGUUUUAAGGAAAUGGAAAACGCCAUCACUGCUCAUUCAUGAUGAGUGCUGAUCAUGUGCCUGCAGGAAUAUGAAGUAGAUGUGCUGGGAACCCUCCCAUCAUGCACUGGGGCAGUAAAUUCUUGGACAUAGGUAUCACGUGUUGUGCUUCCAGACUUGCGUGUGCAUUAGUGUUAAGCCAGGCAUUGGCUGUGAACGUGGUCAGGCUGAGUGAUGUUAGGUGCACGGGGGGCAAGGCCCUCCUCAGUGCCAGAUGCCUCUGGGUAAUACAAGGCUUUCUAAAUUCUCUUAAAAAGGUUUAAAUGCAUCGGCUAUGUUCAGCACAGUGAGCGCUGCACUUCACCCUUUAGGUUUUUGUGUUCAAAUGAUGAUUUUACAUAUUGACAUCGAAUUAAAUGCUGCAUGUUCUGGCCUCACUUGUCUUUUAUUAGUCAGAAAUUUAAAGCUGAAUUUAUGUCAUAUUUGUUUACAGCGGUUCUUUUCCAGAGUGCAACCUUUAAAUUUGUUUUGUUUUAUACUGUGUCAUGUUUAUGGACAUGAUCAUGACACCGUGUAUGUGGCCAUGUUGUUUUCAUGACAUCUGGCAGUGAGCUGUGCUCUGACCACAAAGUCCAGUCAUCAGCACACUAGUCUUGACAGCUCAGUUACUCACGUAUGAAGAACAUCAGUCUGAACAGACCUCAGACUGGUUUUCUUCUUAUUCCCACGUUAUGUCCCGAGUCCUGGUGGAAAAGCAGCCGACCUGUCCUGUGUGGAACAUUUCAAAGUGCGGAUUUCACUGUAAUAACCUAGAGCUACAUGCAGGUAUAUUUUAUGGAAUAAAUUUGAUACAAAUUCUA